CUUGAGCUCCAGUGGGUCCGGCGGGGCGAGGCUGCGCUUCUGCCUUGUCCCUCCCUCCACGACGCUCGACUGCAUCUCGCCCGGGCGUCUCGGAGACAAUCUCAGCAACCCACACGAAAAGCGCGCGGCUGCUGCAUUCUCUUCCACAUACUACAGAGAGACCAUACAGCCACCAUGGCCGGCCUCGCCGCCAACGAGCUGCUCUCGACGCAGCAGGCGUCCGACUCGGGCCUGCAGGUCGUGCUGCACCCGCUGCCAAUUCUCGAGAUAUCCGACUUCAUCACCCGCGGAUACCAGCGCGACUUCACCGGCGCUGUGGUUGGCGCGCUUCUUGGCCAGCAGAACGGACGCGAGGUCACCAUCGAGCACAGCUUCAGCUGCAAGUCGGCCAAGAACGCCGACGGCUUCUACGAGCUGGACCGGGACUGGUUCAAGCAGCGCCUAGAACAGAUGAAACUCGUCCACAAGAGCCCUGCUCUCGAUCUUGUCGGCUGGUACGCGCUCGUGCCCAGGACAGGCCCUACCGCCCUACAUCUCCCCAUCCACCGCCAGAUCAGCGCCUACAACGAGUCGGCCGUGCUGCUUGGUUUUCACAUUGAAGACAUGCUGGCGCCAGCGCCAGGCGACCCGCUACCGGUAACGAUAUACGAGAGCAGCAUGGAGGCCGAGGACAGCGCCAAGGACGCCGACGGAGAAGACAAGGAGAUGAAGGACGCCGAGACGCCCACCAAGAUGGUCCUCCGCUUCCGCAAGCUCCCCUACACGACAGAAACCGGCGAGGCCGAGAUGAUCGCCAUGCAGUUCAUCCACGAAGGCGGCGCCAACGCCGCCGUGGACAGCACCGAGAGCCACAUCCUGGAGCAGUUCGACAAGAAGAUCGCCGUCGACGACGGCAAGGGUAAGCGUCGAGCGGUCGCCUACGAGGAGAGUGGCAAGCCGAGGAAGGACACCGCCCCCGCCGCCGAAGGGUCCGCAACCGCCCCCAGCAGCAGCAGCACAAAUCCCGACGCCAAUCUCACGCGCGCCGAGGCCGAGUACGUGGCGUCGCUACAAGCGAAGUACAACGCCAUCAAGAUGAUGAAAUCACGCCUUGCUCUGGUGAUCGCCUAUCUGCAGCACCUACCCCCGUCCUUUACGCAGAGCAGCACCCAACCCCCCACCACCACCUCCUCCACCUCCUCCGAAGCAACCCCCACCGCCGCCGCCCAACACACCGUCCCGUCACACACCAUCCUGCGCCAGAUCCAAGCGCUGGUGACCAACGCCGGCCUGGUGGUCCCGCCGGCCGAGCAGGCGGCCGCGCUGCACCACGAGAUGCGCCGCGAGACCAACGACGUCGACCUGGUCUCGCUGCUCGCCAACCUCGCCGCCAGCGUGAGCGAGGCGCGCGAGGCGGGAAAACGAUUCCACGUCCUCGACGCCGCGAGACAGUCGCGCCAGGGCGGCGGCCCCGGCAGGCGGGGCGCCGGCGGGAGUAGGAAGGGUGAAGCCGGCGGCGGCGGCGGUGGUGGUGGUGGCGGUGGCGCUGGAGGGCUGCGUGAGGAUGAGGAGGCGGAGUUGGGGUUCGAUAGCCAGGCCGAGAUGGAGAUUUAGGGAGGCUCAAAGGCCGGCGCUUGUUGUUUCAACUGAUUUUGGGCGGGGCUAAGCGGGGUGGUUUUUUCAUUCACGAGCAAGACGGCGGCUUGAAGAGGCCUCCUCAUGAUUUACGAUGUAGUCGAGGGUGGGGGAGGGGGCUGUUGAUAUUCUCAGGGCCCCCU